AUGGGGAGGUCUCCCUGCUGCGACAAGGCGAGCGUGAAGCGAGGGCCGUGGUCGCGGGAGGAGGACGCCGUCCUCAGGAACUUCGUCCAGAGGUUCGCCAAUGCCGGCAACUGGAUCACGCUGCCACAGAAAGCAGGGCUUAACCGCUGUGGCAAGAGCUGCCGGCUCCGGUGGCUCAACUACCUCCGCCCCGCGCUCCGGCACGGCGGCUUCACCGAGGAGGAGGACAGCCUCAUAUUGUCCCUCUAUGGCGACAUCGGAAGCAGGUGGUCGGUGAUCGCGGCCAAGCUGCCCGGCCGAACAGACAACGACGUCAAGAACCACUGGAACACCAAGCUCAAGAAGAGCCCUCACGGGGCCGACCGAUCGUCCCUCCCCCCUCCUCCUCCCUCCCUGGUGAAUCUCGACGCGGCCCUCGCCACGGCCGACGACGGCGGAGAGCUCACGCGCGAAUCGGAGCAGCUUUACGCCGAGCUCAUGGGGCUCAUCGAGCCGCAGUCCACGACCCGUGAAUCCACCGGGGAGGUGAUGUCGUCGCCGUCGUCAUUUGGAACAAGUCCGGCCGCCAGUAGUUUUGCAGCUGGGAGCAGCGCUACGUGGCCAGUGGACGUGCAUGACACAAUACUCUGGCCGGAGUCUAGCGGGAACGGCAUGGUUGAAUUUGAUGAUCCUUGCGUUGCUCACAUUUUCGGUCCGCCGUCCACGCCCGACUCUUUCCUAGAUUUGUUGGCCUCAUCUUACGACGAGGUCAUAGCGACGCAAGAGUUGCUGUACCUAGGAACGAAUUGGUCUGAAGAUCUGAAUUAG